AUGUUGAUUACAAUAAGAAACUCGAAAUUCGGCGAUGCUCUGGUGAUCGUUAUCCACGCAUCAUCCGGCGGUUACGUGUUGGACUUCAGAGCUGACCCUCAUGAAAGGCUGCAGCCGCUGCUAAGUGAGCUGCAAACUUUGCACCAGGCCUACACCGAAAAACUAAUAUUUGGGGUGGACAUGAAUUGGGCUACUGAGAUUUCAAAAAAUAUAAGUGACGAGAUAGAGGAACUGGAAGAAAUCGGCGAACCGCGUGGAGAAAUGGGCCCACAUUUAUACCUAGCAUCUCAAUUAGCACAAAAUAAAGAAGAACCUAUACAACCUGUGUAUAGCCCUUAUCUGGGAUUAGCUAUAGAACCUUUGAAGGAAGGAUUCACACUUAAAAGUCUUUUCGAAGUACAAACUUCAACUUGA